AUGCGAUGCGCGAGCAAGGCCGCCGAGAGCGCGUCUGCACGUCUCUGUGCGGACGCCGAAGCAGAAACUACAGCAACUGAUAUCCCAUCGGUUGCUGAAUCGACUCAGCCUGUAUCACCUGGUGAUGCAGGCGCUGGUCAUGAAGACACUCGUGUCUUCACAGAGUACGAGCUCGGUGUCUCGUACUCUCCUGAUACGGAUGACGGAUCCGUAUCGACGGCAAUUGAAUCCAAGCCGCCUGCCAAGCGUGGCAUGGACGAUGCUUUGCGUCGCAGCAUCUUUGGUUCAUCUGAUGAGUCAGAUGAACCAUCGCCAGAGCGAAGGCGCUCGAGGUCGCGAGACUCGGGCGCUAAUAGUGGUGUCGUUUCUCCAAUGGACACCACUUCACAGCGAGGUGCCAGUACUUCUGUCGGCACGUCGCAGGAAGAGCGGGACCGCAAUGUGUUGCGUCUCGCUCCAGAAAAGAAGGCAUGGAUGCCUCCUAAAUCUGUCAUGGAUCACUUGUCGGCGACGACGAGUGAUCGUUAUCGAACACGAUUGUUCGAUUCGUCGAGGAUUCAUCACCUUGACCCCAGCGCGAAAGACUAUCGCGCUGAACAUGAGUUCUUCAUCGAUGCUUUCUUCAGACAUCGAUGGUACAGUGGGAAUCACAAACGUGAUGGUCCCUCACUACUUCAGGCGUGGAACGCCUACAUCCAUAAUCUCGAGGAUGUAGGUCGUGACGCUUGGAACGACAAACUUAUCAAAGCUCGUGAUAAGUUUGAAAAGCGAACCCCGACAGGUGCACGCUACAAGCUGCAUCGUCUGUCAAGGGAGAAAGGAUUACCCUGCCUCUCUUGGGGAGACUCGUGCCCAUGUUGUGUGAACAACUCUGCACGAGCACCUAAGGAGGCUUACCUCCUUACCAGCCCGUGGUGGCGCGUACGUGUCUCUACUGAGAUGUACGAAAGGGAUUGA